CCUCUUUUUCGAGGUUCCAUUCCCUUUCCUCACUUUUUUUCUUGCUGCCGUUUCUCUCUCCGUUCUAAAAAUUGAUUCAAUUUUCUCGCUCUUCCGUAAAAGGGCAAGAAUCCCAUUAGCAUUUUCCCAGAGUUCCCGAUCUUUCUUCGAAAACUUCGUUUGAUGCUGUGCUGAGAACCGUCGAUUUCUUGAAACUAGGGUUAGGGGUUUGUCGGACGCGAAUUGGGGUUUUUUGACUAGGGCUCCUUCUUUAACCCGUUCUCAGGUACCGAGGCUUGUUGGAUUCGACGUUUCUGGGGACUAAGCAAGUUAACGCGUCCACGAUUGAUGGAGAAAUGAGAUCGGAUCGGCAGUGGAAUGGCCGAACCUCUCCCUCUCUUCUUCUUUGGAAUCUCGAAUGAUCUCGUUGCUCAUUGAUGGGGUUUUCGGUUGUUAUUGAUAAUUCGAACGACUUGCUUGCUAUGAGGAAGCCGUUCUCUUCGACGCAAUGCUGCUAGAGGAAUUGCAUGUGAUAUAGAGGAGUCCCGAUCUUUGUGGACUUCUCUGGGGCAAUUAUUUGUUUGGUAUUUGCCACUAAGAGGGUUAUAAAUGGGUCCGAUUUACUACAUUUUGGUGGCGUUUCCUUGUGCGAUUGGGGCAGUUGUAUUGGCGGUCUCGCACAUAUACAGACACCUGUUGAAUUACACAGAGCCUACGUACCAACGUUACAUUGUUCGCAUCAUCUUCAUGGUUCCGGUUUAUGCAUUGAUGUCCUUUAUGUCCCUUGUGCGCAAUGACAAGUCUAUUUAUUUUAACUCAAUUCGAGAAAUGUAUGAAGCAUGGGUCAUUUACAAUUUCCUUUCACUUUGCCUUGCAUGGGUGGGAGGCCCCGGUGCUGUUGUAUUGAGUUUAAAUGGUAGAGUUUUGAAACCAUCGUGGUGUCUCAUGACAUGCUGCUUUCCUGCCAUACCUCUUGAUGGCCGCUUUAUUCGGAGGUGCAAACAAGGUGCUCUGCAGUUUGUGAUCCUUAAGCCUAUCUUGGUGACAGUUACUUUUGUGCUCUAUGCUAGAGGAAAAUAUGAAGAUGGAAAUUUUGGUGCAAAGCAAGCAUACCUGUACCUGACAAUUGUUUACACAAUCUCUUAUUCAAUGGCAUUGUAUGCAUUGGCUUUGUUCUACAUGGCAUGUAGAGAUCUACUUCGGCCAUUCAACCCUGUCCCAAAGUUUAUCUUGAUCAAGUCGGUUGUUUUCCUGACCUAUUGGCAGGGUGUUAUGGUCUUUCUAGCUGCCAAGUCUCGUUUCAUAAAGACUGCUGAAGAAGCUGCUGAUUUUCAAAAUUUCCUCAUCUGUGUUGAGAUGCUUGUUGCUGCAGUGGGGCACCUCUAUGCAUUUCCUUAUAAAGAAUAUGCUGGUGCAAAUAUUGGUGCUUCAGGUGGACUAACUACAAACUUGACUCAUGCCUUGAAGGUUAAUGAUUUCUAUCAUGACACGGUCCAUCAGUUUGCACCUACAUAUCACGAUUAUGUGCUUUACAAGAAUGAAGGCGAUGAAGGAGCAACUAAGUACCGCUCACGCACAUUUGUGCCAACGGGCCACGAGAUGGACGCUGUAAGGAGGAAUAAAAAUAUUUUUGGUAACAAUAAAAUUGAUGACAUACAGCUUUGCAGCAUUUCCUCCUCUGAGGCUGAUACCCCUGAAGAACUUGCUGCCACUCAGAAGAAAUCAAUAGAUCCAGAAACAGUGAAAUCGUUGUCACUACUAGACUCUUCAAGUUCGUAUGUCGAGCCUUAUGAUCUUGCACUCAUAGAUCUGGACUUGACUAGCUUCCCUUCAGAGGUGCCUGCAGUCGAAGAUUCUGAUCAACGGUAACACUAUUGGAGGCUGGUAUUUGACGGGCUCGUUUUGGAUAUAUGAAUGUCAUGUCUCAGGCAAUGCAGAAAUGUACAGGAUGACAGAAGUGAACUCAGUGUUGUUGCUUUCUUUUGUUCCGUCUCCGUUAUGCCUGAGAUUGUAUACUUUUCUUUUUUUUCUUGUCUAGCGUCGUUGUAUCUAGCAUUUGCUCAUUAUUUGAUUCUUAA